GUUUCGACAAUUCGUGUGGAAUUCACGUUCAUUCACCGGCGACCAUUGAAGAAAAAGGUGCGCUGGCUUUUGAUUGAGUCUUCGUCCCUAGGAUCUUAUUCAAAACAAUGAACAAGUACUGAUUGCGUAUGAGUAUUUGUUAGGGUCAUGAAGAGUUCAAGGGAAUAAUUAUAUGGAGGGUGAGGCUCAACCGUCAGUGUCUUUCCGGUUAAACCGGCGUGGAGAUCGCAGUAAUCAAACUCCGCGGUCUAAAGAUGUUGAAGGUGGUUUCUUUUCUCCUGGGAGACUGCCGCAGGAUUAUCCAAUGAAAAUCAUUUGGAAGAGGGGGUUUGUUCGGUUGGUUCUUGUUGCUGGCAUCGUGUGGAUGUUAAUCAUCCUUUCCGUAUUGUUAUUUCAUGUUUGGUCAUGCCAAUCUUCAUUGGCAUUCUUUUCAGGGAACAACAAACAUCAAAAUAAACAAAACCCAAAAAGAAAGAACAAAGAAAAAGCUGCAUCAGAAAGCAAAGGAGAGUGUUUUCCAAACAUUGAGUUCAUACCUGAAUUGACUGCUGUUGAAGUUGAUGAUGAAGCCAUCUGUAAGAAAGCGUUAGACACAAUGGGACUUGUACCUAAACCACAACACCGCUGUCCGAUUCCUCUUGCAAAUAAUCCCAACAGUAAAGUUAUUCCUGAAGGAAGAACUCCUGAUGUAAUUCUUAGAAGUCUCUCCUACAUUACAGAGGAUGAGCUAGUGAAUAAUGGAUCUCUGUCCUCACCUCUAUUUGGAGGUCAUCAAAGCUGGUCCCAGAGAGAUGAGAGCUUUAAAGCGCAAACUAACAUGAAGGUGCACUGUGGAUUUAUUAGAAAUGGCGGUGCUGAAAUAGCUCCUUCAGACAUCAAGUAUGUUAAGAAGUGUAGAUUUGUCGUUGCAUCAGGAAUUUUUGAUGGAUAUGAUGUACCACAUCAACCUUCAAAUAUAAGUGACCGAUCUAAGAAACUUUUUUGUUUUCUUAUGGUGGUUGAUGAGGCAUCUCUAGAGUUUAUAAAGAGUAAUGUUACUCUUGAAGAGGAUCUCGAUGGUGGCCCAUGGAUAGGAGUCUGGCGGCUUGUGCUGCUCAAGCAUCCACCUUAUGAUGAACCUCGAAGAAAUGGGAAGGUUCCCAAGAUUUUAACCCACAGGUUGUUCCCUGAAGCACAGUACAGCAUUUGGAUUGAUGGUAAAAUGGAGUUGAUAGUUGAUCCUUUGCUAAUCCUAGACAGAUACUUAUGGCGUGAGAAGCAUACUUUUGCCAUUGCUCAGCAUAAGCAUCAUCGCAGUAUAUAUGAGGAAGCUGAUGCAAACAAAAGAAGAAAGCGCUAUGCACGGCCCCUGAUUGAUCUCCACAUGAAAAUAUACCGUUACGAGGGAAUGGAGCCAUGGAGUUUGAAGAAAAGCACUCCUAGUGAUGUCCCGGAGGGAGCUAUCAUCAUUCGGGAACAUACGCCAAUAAAUAAUUUGUUUAGCUGCUUGUGGUUCAAUGAGGUGAACCUCUUCACACCAAGAGAUCAGCUGAGUUUCGGCUACAUAGUGUACAGGUUGGGGGAGUUGUUCAAGUUCUUCAUGUUUGAGAAUUGUGAGUACAAUUCGCUUUUUAUAUUGCACCCACAUACCCGUGAGCAUUCCUCUAAAAUAGAGUGGGUAAAGAACCUGACUGAGUUGGAGGGAAAGGGUGGCAGAUUGAGGGAGAGUAGAGGUGGAUUAGGCUUGUGGACUCCCUAUCCUGCGGACCUUAAUUCUGUUGUCCUGCCACCAGUAGUGAGAACAUCAAAACCAGGAUGAGGUUGAAUGCCAUCGAUGCCAUAUUUAUGAAAUCUCCAAGUUUAGUAGUGAUAUUUUUUUUGUUGC